CAGACAACCCAAGGUUCGAGGGCUGGUCUUGGGUACAUGCCACAAGCUCCCGUACGCAUCGCUAUCAAAAGGGCUGCAAAUCAUCAUAUCACCGAAAGCGAGACUUUGUCUUCCAAUUCACCUCAAAAGGGGAAGAAUGCAAGAGUAUCGGUUUUCGAGAGGCUAAAACCUUCUGUCUUCACAAGGUUAGGACCAAAGAUCAAUAAAGAGAAAAACAAGACGAAUUCCACAUCAACAAAAUAUGUGGAGAUGGAUGAAGAAAUCAAGAGCCGCUUUCCAUCCCGCAUGACGCGUCAAACAAAAAUGACGAUACAUUGCGGUAAAGUUUUAAAGGCUAAAUGGCAAACCGUUGUCUUCACCAAACCCAAAGAAGAUAAUGAAGAAAGUGUUGCAUCAUCCUGCUACAUCACUGAAGGGGGAGAAGAAACAAUGAUUGAAGAAGAUGCAGGAAAUGCACCCGCCGCGCUUGAAGAAGGGAUCAAAGCUGCAGUGGACGAGUUAGAAGAAGUCAACUUGGGAAAUGAAGAUCACCCAAGACCUGUCUAUGUCAACAAAGAGCUGGGUGAGGAUGAUAUGAAUGCCUACAUCCGACUUCUCAACGAAUUCCAAGAUGUCUUCGCUUGGUCAUAUAAAGAAAUGCCCGGCUUAGACCCGAAAGUUGCGGUCCACCAUCUAGGUGUGAAGAAAGGAGCUCGCUCUGUGAAGCAAGCGCAACGAAGAUUCCGUCCUGAACUCAUCCCUCAAAUUGAAAAUGAAGUCAACAAACUCAUUGAAGUGGGGUUCAUCCGGGAAGUCAAAUACCCCCAAUGGAUUUCCAACAUCGUGCCUGUAAAGAAAAAGAAUGGACAAAUCCGAGUUUGUGUGGAUUUCCGAGAUUUAAACGAAGCAUGCCCAAAAGAUGAUUUUCCUUUACCCAUAACUGAAUUGAUGAUUGAUGCAACGACAGGACAUGAAGCGCUUUCUUUUAUGGAUGGAUCAUCUGGAUAUAACCAAAUUCGUAUGGCACCUGAAGACGAAGAGUUAACCGCCUUUCGUACACCGAAAGGUAUCUACUGUUACAAAGUUAUGCCUUUCGGAUUGAAAAAUGCUGGGGCAACCUACCAAAGAGCAAUGCAAAAGAUCUUUGAUGACAUGCUACACAAAAAUGUAGAGUGCUAUGUUGACGACUUGGUUGUCAAAUCCAAGAGAAAAGAAGAUCACCUGCAAGACUUAAGAAAGAUUUUUGAAAGGUUGAGGCGCUACCAAUUAAAAAUGAAUCCUCUCAAGUGCGCUUUUGGAGUCACCUCCGGAAAAUUCCUCGGAUUCAUUGUCCAUAGUCGUGGAAUUGAGAUUGAACAGGCAAAGAUAGAUGCCAUCACAAAAAUGCCUGAGCCUCGUAACAUCCACGAGCUAAAAAGCUUACAAGGAAAAUUAGCAUAUAUAAGAAGAUUUAUCUCUAACCUCGCUGGACGAUGUCAACCUUUCAGCCGAAUCAUGAAGAAGGGAGUGCCUUUCCAUUGGGAUGAAGCAUGCAAGAAGGCAUUCCAAAGUAUCAAAGACUACUUGACAAAGCCACCAGUGCUGACAGCCCCAAUUCCUGGACAUCCGUUGACGCUUUACAUCGCUGCACAAGAGCGUUCAGUUGGAGCCUUGUUAGCACAGGAAGCCAAUAAAGGGAAAGAAAAUGCCCUUUACUACCUCAGCAGAAUGAUGACACCAAAUGAACUAAACUAUUCACCGGUGGAAAAGAUAUGCUUGGCGCUCAUCUUCGCCAUAAAAAAGUUGAAGCAUUACUUCCAAGCGCACACUAUCCGGUUGGUGUCCAAAGCAAAUCCCUUGAAAUAUGUCAUGUCAAAGCCUGUCCUUUCUGAUCGACUCGCGAGGUGGUACCUGCAGCUGCAACAAUUCGAAAUCAUAUAUGUACCACAGAAAGCUGUAAAAGGACAAAUAUUGGCUGACUUCCUUGCUGAUCAUCCCAUCCCCGCUGAGUGGGAGUUGUCUGACGACUUCCCUGAUGAAGACGCGCUUUUUCUCGAAAUCACCCCACCAUGGAAAAUGUAUUUUGACGGCUCAUCACACAAAAAUGGAGCUGGAGCCGGAGUAAUAUUUGUCACAUCACAAGGAGAAGUCCUUCCAUACUCUUUUGCCUUAAAAGAAAAGUGUUCAAAUAAUGUGGCUGAGUAUCAAGCACUCAUCCUCGGCCUAAAAAUGGCGGUAGAUAUCAAGCAACGCCAACUUCAAGUAUACGGGGAUUCCAAGCUGGUUGUAAAUCAAAUCACUGGAGAGUUUGAAGUGAAGAAACCAGAACUAAUGCCUUACUUAAAGUAUGCUAAGGCACUCAUUGAGUUACUCGGGGAUGUCUCUAUUGAAUAUGUCCCAAGGAAAGAGAAUGGGCAAGCUGACGCUCUGGCUAAAUUGGCAUCGACUCUAUCCAUCCCGGAUCAACAGGUGUAUAUUCCGAUACGCAAAGUUUGGGUGGAUUCCUGCAAGUAUGAAGAAGAAGAAUGUGUUGAAAAAGAACUCCCGAGUGACCCGCGCAGACGAGCAGAUAUCCGAAGAAGAGCUGCACGCUACGCCUACUUCAACGGCAUACUCUAUCGUCGGUCGUUCGAGAACAUGUUCCUUCGAUGCCUCGGCAAUCAUCAAGCCAAACAAGCUAUGGAGGAAACUCAUGCCGGAAUCUGUGGAGCUCAUCAAGCUGGCCCAAAGUUACACUUCCGAAUAAAGAGGAUGGGGUAUUAUUGGCCAACCAUGGUUAAAGACUGUAUAGAAUUCGCACGGAGCUGCCAACCGUGUCAAUUCCAUGCUAACUUUAUCAAUCAACCACCGGAACCAUUGCACCCAACUAUUGCUUCGUGGCCAUUCGAUACCUGGGGCAUGGACGUUGUAGGACCACUCACAAAGUCGUCCGCUGGACAUCUCUAUAUCUUGGCCGCAACAGACUACUUCUCCAAAUGGGCAGAAGCAGUUCCUUUGAAAGAAGUCAAAAAGGAGACGGUAGCUGACUUCAUACGAGUCAACAUCAUUUACCGUUAUGGAGUUCCUCGGUGUAUCAUCACUGAUAAUGGAAGAUCUUUUGCCAAUACUCACAUCGACAAGCUUUGUGAAAAGUUUGGCUUUCAACAAAAGAAGUCCUCAAUGUAUUAUGCACCGGCAAAUGGACUCGCAGAGGCAUUCAAUAAAACACUUUGUAACUUGCUGAAAAAGGUUGUCUCCAAAUCAAAAAGAGAUUGGCAUGACCGCAUUGGUGAAGCUUUGUGGGCCUAUCGUACUACAUUCCGCACUCCAACACAAGCGACACCAUACUCACUUGUAUAUGGGGUCGAAGCUGUCCUCCCAUUGGAAAGACAAAUUCCUUCACUAAGGAUCGCUCUCCAGGAAGAAUUGACGACCGAAGAAAAUGUCAGAUUAAGACUCGAAGAGCUAGAGGCUCUCGACGAGAAAAGACUACAAGCUCAACAAAGACUGGAGUGUUAUCAAGCACGAUUGUCUCGAGCUUACAAUAAAAAAGUCAAAUCACGAUCCUUUCAAAUCGGGGACUUGGUUCUUGCUGUGAGAAGGCCCAUUGUGAUCAACUUUCGUUCGGGAAAUAAAUUUUUAUCCAAGUGGGAUGGACCCUACGUCGUCACUCAGGUUUACACAAAUGGUGCAUACAAGUUGACAUCUCAAGACGGACUCCGGAUAGGGCCAAUCAACGGGAGGUUCCUCAAAAGAUAUUAUGCGUGA